AUGGAACAGUGGAAAAAUCGUGUGGCCGUUGUAACAGGUGCCUCUGCAGGAAUUGGUGCCGAAAUUGCAAAGGAUCUCAUCAAAGCGGAAAUGGUGGUAAUUGGUUUAGCUAGAAGGGUGGAAAAAGUAGAAGCCCUGAAGAAUGAUUUGCCGGAAGAGUUGCGCAACAAUCUCUACGCAGCCAAAUGCGAUGUGACCAAAGAAGAUGAUAUCGUGAAGACUUUCUCUUGGAUCGAUGCAAAGUUCAAUGGAAUUGAUGUUCUAAUCAACAAUGCUGGAAUAAUUCGACACACUGAGCUAAUCAAUGAGAAUAAUUCAGACAUGAUUCGCGAAGUUGUCGAUACGAAUAUUCUAAGCGUGGUGUUUUGUACGCGUGAAGCUUACAAAUCAAUGGCAAAGCAUGGAAGGAAUUCUCAUGUUGUUCACAUCAAUAGCAUCGUUGGCCAUAACAUUCUGCGGGAUUUAAGUAUGGCUUCACAAAAUAUGUAUCCACCGAGUAAGCAUGCAGUAACUGCAAUGACAGAGAUUCAUCGGCAGGAAUUUAUCCGAAGUAAGCACCACAUCAAGGUUUCUUCUGUGAGCCCGGGGGCAUGCAAAACAGAAAUGGUACCAAAGAAUGUUGUAGAAUUGUAUGGAGAGCUUACCUUUCUGGAGCCUGAAGAUGUUUCCAAUAGUGUCCUACACGUCCUGGGAACCCCUCCACAUGUACAAAUUCAUGAGCUAAUUAUUAAGCCUUUCGGGGAAAAAUUUUAG